AUGCAUGUUUUCUGUAUUGCGGUGCUUUCUGCUCUUCUGCUUCUCGCCUGUUCCUCACCUGCUACAAUCAAACUGUGGGAAGAAUGGAAACACCAACAUAACAAAGGUUACAACAGUCAGACUGAGCUGGUCUUCAGGAGAGCGAUAUGGGAGAAAAAUCUGCUGCUGGUGUUGAACCACAACCAGGAGGCAUCAGCAGGAAAACACAGCUUCAUGAUGGGACUGAAUCACCUGGCUGACAUGACAACUGAGGAGAUCAAUGAGAGAUUAAACGGUUUGAAGCUGGAAGAGCUUCCUAAUCUGAGAAACAACACUUUUAAAAACAAAACUGGACCAUCAGUACCAGUGAGUGUGGACUGGAGGACAAAGGGUCUGGUUGGGCCUGUCAGAAACCAGGGGUUGUGCGGCUCAUGCUGGGCCUUCAGCUCUCUGGGAGCCCUCGAGGGCCAGAUGAAGAAGAAGACGGGCGUCCUCRUCACGCUGAGUCCACAGAACCUGGUGGACUGCAGCACCGAAGACGGAAACUUCGGCUGCAACGGAGGCUUCGUCACAAAGUCCUUCCGCUACAUCAUCCGGAACGGAGGCGUCGACUCAGAGAGCUUCUAUCCCUACGAACACCAGGAUGGGAAAUGUCGGUAUUCUGUCCAAGGCACGACUGCUUCUUGCUCCAACUUCCACAUCCUUCCACCGGGAGAUGAGAUGGCUCUGCAGGCUGCGGUGGCAUCAGUUGGACCCAUCGCUGUGGCUGUGAAUGCCAUGCUGUCGUCUUUCCAUUUGUACAAAGGAGGUUUAUACAACGUGCCCGACUGCAACCCCACACUAAUAAACCAUGCCGUCCUGCUGGUGGGCUACGGCACAGAUGGAGGCCAGGAUUACUGGCUGGUGAAAAACAGUUGGGGAACUGAUUGGGGAGAAGGAGGCUUCAUCCGGAUCGCGAGAAACAAAAAAAACCUCUGUGGCAUCGCAACGUCAGGAGUCUACCCUGAAGUUUAACUGUCAUUUACUUUAGUUUUUAAAAAUAUUAUUAGUGUUUUUUUUAUCACAUGGUGCAAGCAGUGCAGAGCCUGGUGAACUGAAGAAAAUCUCUUUAGAUUUUAAAUAA